AUGCUUCAAGGAUUUUGGAAGCGUUGGCAUCAAGAAUACUUGACAUCGCCAAACAUUGCGAUCGGUAAUCUUGUACUGAUCAAGGACUCUAACGCGCCUCCAUCGGCAUGGCUCUUAGGACGGGUAACUCAGGUGUUCACAGGAGAUGAUGGACUCGUCAGAGCGGUUCAGGUUCUCACCAAAUCAGGAGAAGUUACUCGCCCUAUCACGAAGAUUGCAGCCCUACCGGGUUUAGAAACGGAUUCGGCUAGUGCUUUCGGUUCUUUUGGCGACAUAUAUAGGUUCGAGGAUGGCAGCGGAGAUGCGCGUGGUCCAUUGUUGUUGGGCAGAAGCAGCUACUGUGAAUUCGGCAGAGUUCAAGGUCAAGGGCUAGACCAGAACGAAACUGAAGAAGGCGGCGUUGGUGGACAUCGUGACGUGGGUAGACGCCACAGUGUGACCACAAUGGCAACGGCCACAACCAUGGCGGCAUCUUCAACCAUGAUAUUGAGCUCGAGGUCAAGUCGUUUCGGGUUAGCCGAAAUGAACAGAAAUGUGGUUCUGCCAUCGAUGGAUAUUGGUGAACAGCGACAACAACAAUAUCAUCGACAACAGACUGGCAUAUCCAUGAGCUUCAGUAUGUUAUUGGCCAGGAGUUUGACAAAGGAACCGACAAGUAUGAGUCCAAAUAUAUUACCGUCCAUUGAUGGUGUCCCGUUCAUUAUGCUCGGGCAAGAGCGAUUCGAACUGAAACCAGAGACGAUCUUUGUGCUCGGCAUGCGUCUGAGUGUGACGAAAAAUGAUAUUCUCAUGUUCUUUAGUUCCGUGGGAAUGAUCGCUGUGGACCAUGCGAGAAAACCAAGGAUUUUUGUGUACAAAAAUAAGCAAAAUGGACGAUCAAAGGCAUAUCUAUCAACGCGCAAGGGUCGUGGCAUCCGCUUUAGAUAUCCUCGAGAGUUCGCUCCAUCGAACAAUCGGGAACACCAACAGGAUCGGCAGCAGCUGAAUCGUCAACGUCGACCCCGUAAAUGA